AUGCUCGAAUCAGCGUUCAAUAAUUUCCGGUUCUCUGUUUCUGUUCUCCUCCUUGUACUCGGACCCAUAUUUGUGGCAGCGCAGGAGGUGAUCGCACCUCCUGGCUUCAACAUGUUGGAAUCAUCACUUCAUCCUUCACAACGCACCUCUAAUGGGCUUCCCAUACAUAGCACAAGCUUUGGAAUUAAUGGAACUGGAUGCCCGCCAGGAUCGGCCUACUAUGUGCUCAGUUCGGAUAGGCGCUCGGUCGAUGUCAAAUUUACCUCUUACUUCGCCGCUGCCGGACCAAAUAUUCCGAUGAGCUCCAAUCGAAAGGGUUGUCAGCUAGUCUUCGGCGUGUCCAUUCCACCAGGUUUCUCCUUCGGCGUCGCUUCCUUGGAUUAUCUCCUGGCACCCCUGGCCCCGCUGAUACGCUGGCGUGACGCUACCAAUAAUCAAUUGUAA